GCCUUUCUCUUUGCCGGUUAUAAUAAGUAGUCUUUUAAUAUCCGGGCUGCUACUACUUCACGCCCUGACGCCGCUUCCAUCGAUCGACCUCACCUCUACACACGCUUCGAUACGACGAAACACAGCGCCAUGGAGAAAGAUGGCGAGGCAGGGCGCUCAAGCCAGGACAUAGAGUCGGGCCGCGAGGGCAUAUCGCAUUGGAAAAUGAUCUUCGACCAAGGCGUCACCACAAAGGAGAUCGAAGAGUACGAUUAUGAAGGCGAAGGCACAGAAGAUGAUCCUUACGUCGUGGAAUGGAUAGAGAACGACCCUAGAAACCCAAUGACAUGGGCGAAGACGAAGAAAUGGAUUAUAGCUAUUGCCGUGGCAAACUCGGUCUUGGUCGUAUCGUUCUGUUCAUCUGCAUUUUCUGGAGGCAUUCAGCAGAUCAUGAUGGAGUUUAAGGUCUCCCAAGAAAUCGUCACUCUUGGUGUCUCUCUCUUCGUCCUCGGUUUUGCGCUAGGCCCAUUAUUAUGGGCACCCUUUAGUGAGAUUUAUGGUCGUCAACUGGUCUUCGUCGGUACAUAUACUGCAUUUGUCGCUUUCAAUGCCGGAGCUGCUGGAGGACCAAACAUCUAUGGUCUGCUCAUAUUGCGGUUCUUUGCCGCCGCUUUUGGAUCUAGUCCGCUCACAAAUGCCGGAGGAGUCAUUGCCGACGUCUUCAACGCAAAUGAGCGUGGUUUAGCCAUGUCCAUCUUUUCGGCUGCGCCUUUUAUGGGACCUGUUCUUGGACCUAUCAUCGGUGGAUUCCUGGGUAUGACGGAAGGAUGGAGAUGGGUACACGGACUCAUGGCUAUCUGGUCCGGUGUAAUGCUCAUCAUUGCUGGUCUUCUGGUGCCUGAGACAUACCCUCCCGUCCUUCUCCGCAGGCGUGCCGAGAGGCUCUCAAAGCUGAAAGGAAAGGUGUACCGCUCCAGGACCGACAUUGAGCAGGGAAAGACUACCCUUGGAGAGGCCUUCUCAACUGGCCUCAAGCGCCCAUGGAUCCUGCUUUUCUGCGAGCCGAUUGUCCUCCUCCUGUCGCUCUACCACGCUAUCAUCUACGGUAUCCUCUACAUGCUUUUCGGUGCAUUCCCCAUCGUCUACCGCCAGGGUCGUGGCUGGAACGAAGGAAUUAGUGGUCUGCCGUUCGUCGCUGUAGCCAUUGGAAUCUUCCUUGCCAUCACCUACGUCAUUCUCUACGACAACAAAGAGUACAUGAAAAAGGUCAAAGCUUCAGGCGUUGGUUACGCUACACCUGAGGCAAGACUGCCCAUGUGUAUUGUUGGCGGUAUCGCGCUUCCCAUCGGACUCUUCUGGUUCGCCUGGACCAACUCGCCAUCUCUUCCCUGGGCUGCGAGUGUCGUUGCUUCCAUUCCUUUCGGUUUCGGCAUGGUUCUGAUCUUCCUUUCCAUCAUGAAUUAUCUGAUCGAUUCGUACACCAUCUUCGCCGCGUCUGUCCUCGCUGGUAACGGUAUCAUCCGAUCUGUUUUCGGAGCCGCCUUCCCUCUCUUCACGAAGCAGAUGUACGACAGUCUCGGUAUUCACUGGGCCUCAUCCAUCCCUGCUUUCCUAGCUGUUGCUUGUAUUCCCCUGCCCUUCCUGUUCUACAAGUAUGGAGCUACUAUCCGCAAGAAGUGCAAGUACGCCGCACAAUCUGAAGCCUUUAUGACACGCAUCCGCAACCAGGCAGCAGCAAAGGCACAGAGUCAAGAGGAGGGUGAGGAGUCAGCUGACAGCUCUCGCACCGCAACUCUGGCCGUCGAGGAAGAGGCGGAAGAGGAAGCCCACAUUGAGGAGGGCGAAGGCGUGCCUAAGUUCGCGGAGAUGAAGACAGAGAAGGAGACCGAAGGUGCGGAUCUUAAGAAGGUACAAACUGGUCGCUCCACAAGAAGCAGGAGAACAGUAAGGAACGAAGACUACUCAACAGCAAAUCCAUACGACAUCGAUCGUGUCAACACUCGGGAGAGUUUCGUUGUUAGGCCGCGUGCCAACAGCCGAGCGAGCAGCAAGAGCUUCAAGAAGUAAAUCGAAUUCUGAAGUUGCUCAUGAAGGUUUUCUUUCGGGAUUGAAGAGGAAUAGAGUAGAGCAUCAUUCGAAGCUCUAGUAACGGCAGUCGCGUUUUGAGAUACCAGCAUUGGUUAUACCCAUCUUUUAUAUUUAGUUUAUAAUCCACACCAUAUCGUCUACAU